UCCGCCAGGGGUGGCUGUUUUGCGGUGAACGGGGUUUUCAGCUGUUUUCCGGUGACAGCAGAGGAAUGACAACAUCGACAGUCACGGCCCUUCUUCCAUUCAAGCCGACUGCAAAACAUCGACAAAAAGAAUCAGUCUGCCAUUGGACCUCGGAGUCUGUCUUUGUGUUUGGGGAAUUUAUUCUUUAUGUACCACUGGGAGCAGGAGCAGCAUGGCAGAUGACAAGGACGUGUUGAGAGACGUGUGGUUCGGCCGGAUCCCCACCUGCUUCAUUCUGAACCAGGAUGAGGUUACUGAGAGAGAGGCCGAGCCCUACUAUCUGUUGUUACCCAGGGUGAGCUACUUGACUCUGGUUACAGACAAGGUGAAGAAACACUUCCACAAAGUGGUGAGGACCGAUGACGUGGAGGAGAUGUGGUUGGAGUACGAGGGGACGCCACUGAAAUGGCACUAUCCAAUUGGAGUUCUGUUUGACCUCCAUGCGUCCAACACUGUCUUACCCUGGAGCAUCACUGUGCACUUUAAGAAUUUUCCAGAUCGUGACCUGCUCCACUGUCCGUCCAACUCUGUGAUCGAGGCUCACUUCAUGUCUAGCAUCAAGGAGGCCGACGCUCUGAAGCACAAGAGCCAAGUCGUCAACGACAUGCAGAAGAAAGACCACAAACAGCUGUGGAUGGGCCUGCAGAACGAUAAGUUUGACCAGUUCUGGGCCAUGAACAGGAAGCUGAUGGAAUAUCCCACCGAGGAGGGAGGCUUCAGAUACAUCCCCUUCAGGAUAUACCAGACGAUGAGCGACAGGCCGUUCAUCCAGAAACUAUUUCGCCCCGUUUCACCCGAAGGCAACAUGCACACACUUGGCGACCUGCUCAAAGAGAUGUGCCCAGCUGCUUUACCAAACGACGGUGAGCAGAAGCGUUACCAGGUGGUGAUCCACGGUAUCGAGCCGCUGCUGGAGACGCCUCUGCAGUGGCUGAGCGAACACCUCAGCCACCCCGACAACUUCCUGCACAUCUGCGUCACACCCGUCCCCUCUGACUGAGGCCACGCCUGCCCCACUUCACGGUCACCUGGCCGACCGACCGACCCGCCAGCCGGCUGGGUAACUACGGAACGGUAGCGCUAAAACCGCGGGAACUCUGAACUAACAGACUCUUUAACGAGAAGGAGAUCAGGAUCUUCUAGAUACAGACGAACAAAGGAUGUGAAGGAGGGAUUUAACAAACCUCCUUUUCUAUCUAUUUAUAUUUCUACUCCUUCUAUCUCUACUACUACUCCUCUUUUCCCCCUCAGAAAACCUGUUUAUAGGACGCAAGGAUGAAAAGAUCUUCUCUUCCUCCUCUGCUCCCAAAAGAAAAAAAGACAUUUCUUUAGGUGAAGAGGUGGUUGAGCGAGCAGAGGAUCACUCCUUUCUACUCAAUCUCGCAUCUUCUCCUCUUCUACUCCUCUCCAAACAUACAAACAAACAUCUCCACAGGAGGAGAGGAGGUAAAUCGAUUCCCUCGUUUUUUUUGUUUUCGUUUUUUUUUCAUCUGGCCAUACAUCUUCCUCCUUGUCUAGUCCAAGAGAAAGACUGUCCUGUGGACAGGGAGACACGUUUGUUUGGGAUUAUGGGAGAGGCGUAUCCAGUCCUGCUGAAGUUGCCUUAGUAACCACGUUCAUGUAUUUUCAUCGCCAUCCUCGUUGACCCUGCGAAAAAAAACAAACAUCCGGACACACAGAAAAGUUUACAUCACUAACUUCAAUGUCAUUUCCAAAUGCUCUCCAGGAACGUCUGGGGCUUUGUUUUUAACUUUCCACGGAGGAUUUUCUGUCAGGUAUGCUGCUUGCAUUAACACGUGGCCUCAUCUGACAAAGUGAGCUGGAAGAAGAAGAGGACAAGGAGCACUGAUCGACACAUUUGAUUUCUCUGCACUGAUCCCAGCACACUUCUGGUCUUCUGGUUUGGACUGAGCAUCUUGGUGCCACUGUUGAAAUAAGCAUCUCAUUUUUAAGUUAUUUGAAAAAGCAACUUAACAAGCAGACACACGUGACAUCACCUGGCACUGUUUCUGAGUUAGUAUUACAUUGCAGCUUUAACUCAAAAAAACAGUUUAACUCCAUUUUUGUUUAUUUUCAUUUUUUUCCAUCUUCACCUUAAAGAGAAAUUCCAGUUUCAUACGACGUAUUUUCAGAGUUGAAAUAAACCAGAGUUGCCCUUUGAUGGUUACAUUGGCUCCUCUAUGGGUGAUGGGAUUCUAAGGCCAUGUUCACACUUGGCGUCUUUUUUGACAAGAAAAAGUUGACUAGGGCGCUUUUGUACUAAAAAAAAAAAAAAAAAAAAAAAAAAAGAAGGCUGGCAGCGUUUUUAUUCCAAAAAGCAGCCAAGGGCGUCUUUUGUUGCUAUAACAACAGCUACUGCUACAAUAUCCGAGAGCGCUAUGUGGAGCGGUGCUAACGUUAGAUAAAAGAAAGCGAGUAGAACGAGCUAGAGAAAGGAGAGAGAGAGGCGCUACUAACGUUACAUAAAACAAAGCGAGUUCCCUGUACACGGAGCACCCGGUCAUAUCACAACUCGCUGUGCUCCGACUCCGGCUUUCAAAAAAGCGCUUGACGAAGGGUGUUUUUAUUUAUUUUUUUUUUUUUAUAGAAAAGUUGAACUUUUUUCAACUUCAAAAAGAUGCUAUGAGCUGCAGAAAACGCGCUCACCACUUUUUUGAAAACACGGUUUACUCCAUAGGAUUAUAAUGUAAAACAGGUGCUGGCAGCUUAAUAUAAGACGCCAAGUGUGAACAUAGCCGAAAGCUGUCAAAAAAAAAUAAAAAAAUAAAAAAAUAAAAAUCACAAUGUUCUUUGUUUUUAACUUGUUUUGUUGUUUUGCGAUCUUUGCAGAAGAGAGAUGGAGAUAACAGAUUUUCACGGGGGAACCUUUUGAAAGUGAAUCAGCUAUUUUUAUGAGGUUAAAACAAAGGGGAUCAUGGGAAGAAGAAAAAAAAACAAAAAAAACUCCACACAUGUUUUUAAUAGCAGGUGUUGAUUUCUCUCCAUCAAUACAACACCGUUUAGCAGUUUUACCGUCUGUUUAGUCAGGUUUGGUUCGAGCCUCUUUGUCUGCUGCCAAACUUAAAUGAGCAUCUGGUUUUUGUUUCAAGAACUCGGUUUAGAAAAUGAGACAGUCGGCACGAUUAGCAUUAAGUCUGCAGGCAGUUGUUUGACAUGUCCUACAUAUGAAAAUUUUAUAUUCAUAUUUAAAUUUUAGUUCGUGGACAAAAUCGAAACUGGCAAAAGCGAACAUGACUUUUGACAGAAAACUGACUUUAGUUGAGGACUGUGCAGACUGGAUUACUUUGCUAAUAUGGAGGCCCUAAUUAAUAAAUCACUGUUUGUUUUUAACACAGUUUGUAUGAUAUAUUAACAUCUUGUUCUUUCUUUUCAUUUUUUUUACAUUGGUCCAUACUGAAAUAAAAAUGGCGCUUAAAGUAUUCAACUGGCACUGUUAUCCAGAAUGACUUCAAAUAAAAGUGAGUUGAUUCAAAUA